UCUCUCUCUUUCUCUCUCGCUAUUCUACUCACUCCUUCUCCUUCCAUAUUUUCCUUUCACCUCUCCAUUUUCUUGGAAAAGGUUCUUGAAACUUUGUUUUGUUGCAUAAAUGGGUAAGAUCCGACCCGGAACGGAUCCGAAAGCGGCAUUGGUCUCAGAUAUUCUAACCCUAUCCAUAUCACCAAUCUCUUGCAUUCAUAUCAACCGCAUCUCCGGUUCGUGUUUCAUCGACUGGUAUCUCAUUCUCGGUAUCCAGGAAGAUGCAGAGGUCAAGCUCAUACGUAAACGAUAUCACAAAUUAGCUUUGAAGCUUCAUCCCGAUAAAAACAAUCACCCAAAAGCAGAUAUUGCUUUUAAGCUCAUCCACGAGGCUUACUUAUGUCUUUCAGACGAAGCAAAGAGAAGAUGCUUCAACACGGACCGAAGAAAGAACAUUUGCAUAAAAUGCAGCAGCCGAGUCUCGCACAAAACCAAAGAGAAGAACCGUAGCGAUUCCAAGCCGAACCGGUUCUGUCAAACCCUCAGGGACAUAAGGGACAAGUUCAGAGAGGAGAACAAGGUGAUAGAGAGGUGUCUAAAAACAAAUAGUGCAAGAUUCAUGGGGAACAGAACAACAGAGGAAAGCUCUGUUUAUGGUAUACCAAACCGAAACCGGUUUAAUAAAGAGUCGCCUGUGUUUAACCCAUCAGAUUACAGGUUAUGGGGUUAUCCACAUGUGAGAAAUCGGGUGUUGGACAACAACUUGUCGGAUUGGGGCAUUUUUAUGAGAAGCAGAUCCACUUGUGUUCACUCAUCCUGAUCAAUGUAGUCUUUUUUAUUUUAUUUUUAUUUUAAAAAACCACCCUUUAGUUUAAAUAAAGUGAGAAAAUAUCUAUUGAAGAAUUUCGUAGCUUCUUCAUUGUAUUCUUUCAU